AUGGCUUCCGAAUCCAAAGAAGUAGAGACUGAUUUAUCACCAUUCAUCAAGGUCUACAAAGAUGGAACUGUGGAGAGAAUCUAUAACCCGCCAUAUGUUCCUCCAUCGCUUGAUCCAAUCACCAAUGUCUCCUCAAAGGACAUCACCAUUUCAUCACAUGUUUCUGCAAGACUGUACCUUCCAGAAAUCACCAAUCCAAGCAGCAAAAAGAUCCCAAUUUUAGUCUAUUUCCAUGGUGGUGGCCUUUGCCUGGAUUCAGCCUUUGCCUCUGUCCAUCAUUCUUAUCUUAAUCUAUUGGUCUCCAAGGCUAAAGCAUUGACAAUCUCUGUUGAAUAUAGGCUUGCACCAGAACACUCUUUACCUGCAGCUUAUGAAGAUUCUUGGGCUGCCCUUCAAUGGAUUGCAUCAAAUUUUGUUGAGGAUUCUGAAAUUGAUGGUAUAAAAGAGCCAUGGCUGAUCAAACAUGGUGAUUUUGAUAAGGUUUAUUUAGGGGGUGAUAGUGCUGGAGGGAAUAUUGUGCAUAAUAUGGCUAUGAGAGCAGGGGUUGAGAGCUUAAUUGGUGGGGUGAAAAUCUUUGGUGCAUUUCUAUCUUUUCCAUAUCUUCUGGAUCCAAAAACUCAGAAAGGAAGUGAUGAAGAAACUAUGUUCAACAAGAUGUGGAUGUUGGUUUAUCCUUCUGCUCCAGGUGGGAUUAAUAAUCCAUUUGUCAAUCCAUUUGCUGAUGAUGCCCCUAAACUGUCUGAAAUUGGGUGUCAAAAGGUGCUUGUUUGCACUGCUGAGAAAGAUGCCCUGAGAGAAAACAGUCUUCAUUAUGUUGAAGAAUUGAAGAAAAGUGAUUGGAAUGGUGAAGUUGAGCUGAUUGAUGUUGAAGGUGAGAAUCAUUGCUUUCAUGCCCGUCAACCCGAUUCAGAGAAAGCAAGACUUUACCUUCCAAAAAUCACUGAUCCCAUGAUCAGCACCAACAAGCUCCCAAUUUUAGUCUACUUCCAUGGUGGUGGCUUCUGCCUGGAUUCAGCCUUCGGCUCCCUCCAACAUUCUUAUUUAAAUCUACUGAUCUCCAAGGCCAAUACAAUAGCGAUUUCGGUUGAGUACAGACUUGCACCAGAACACCCUUUACCUGCAGCUUAUGAAGAUUGUUGGGUUGCCCUUCAAUGGGUUGCCUCAAAUUUUGUUGAUGAUUCUGGAAUGGAUGGUAAAAAGGAGCCAUGGUUGAUCAACUAUGGUGAUUUUGAUAAGGUUUACUUAGGGGGUGAUAGUGCUGGUGGGAACAUUGUGCAUAAUAUGGCUAUGAGGGCAGGGGUUGAGAGGUUAAUUGGUGGGGUGAAAAUCUUUGCUUUGGUUUUGUCAUUUCCACAUUUUUGCGAUUCGCAAACGAAUGAAGAAAGUAGGGAAUACAAAAUAUGGAAGCUGGUUAAUCCUUCUGCUUCUGCUGUUGGUGUUAACAAUCCUUUGAUCAACCCCUUUACUGCUGAUGCAUCAGACCUAUCAAAGAUUGGAUGUAAAAAGGUGUUUGUUUGCUGUGGUGAGAAAGAUGAACUGAGAAAUAUCAAUCUGCGUUAUGCUGAGGCAUUGAAGAAAAGUGAUUGGAAAGGUGAAUUGGAGUUGGUUGAUGUUGAAGGUGAGGGUCAUUGUUUUCAGGUCUUUGAUCCUAACUCUGAGAAAGCACAAAGUUUGAUAACUAGUAUAGCUUCCUUCAUAAAGGGUUGA